AUGGCCAAGGGCAAUCACGACAACGCCUCAGCCACUCGAAAAUUGAAGGCUAUUUACGAGGCCCUAGAUGGUGGCAACAGCAAGCAAGCGCUCAAGCUUGCUAAUGCUCAACUAUCCAUAACACCUGACAAUCAGAUGAUUAAGGCCUUGGCGUCAGUGGCGCUGGAUCGCCUCGGUCGGCACCCCGAGGCGUUAGCCUUAUGCGAUGAGAUAAUGAAGGAGGGUCCUCCUACCGAGGACACUUUGAUAUCUACCAUGGCUGUGGUAUACCGUGCUAACUCUGUUUAUGAACCUGUAUUGACUAUGUAUCAGAAGGCCGUGGGGGCUGAGGAUGGUCCAGAGCUGGAGGAGGGCCUAACGACUGUCUACGUUGCUGCACUUAGAGUAGCCAAUUGGACAGCAGCACAACAGGCUGCUAUGAGACUGGCCAAGGCUAUACCCAGCAAGUCGCAGCAGUUCUUAUGCGGCUACGUUUUGGCUGUAUUACUGUCUCGGCCGAAGUCAACUGAUCCUCUCUUGAGGCUUGCCAAGGCAUCUCUCAGCAAAGUCCUCGGCAGUCCUUCCGAGGAUACCACACCUCGUCGAGAGGCAUCGAAGCAGCUCCUUUGGCUCAGUGUUUUGGUGGCUAAUGAGGAAUGGGAAGAGGCCAUCGCUACUGUGGACAAGCUGGGGGCAUUUACCAGCGAAGGAGAGAAGUGCCGCUUACGAGCGGAGAUCUAUGAGAAGGCAGGGCAGCUAAACGAGGCCCUCACGGCAGUGCUUGCUGAUCCCACCCCUAACAUGAGGACGGUAAGGGAGGCUGUGUACUUGGCCACUUCUAGUGGAUCCGAUAGCAACGUAGCUUCUGUGAAGGACUGGUUGCAGGAGGGGACCAUUGGGGAGCGGCCAUCCGACCAUGAGGAUAGAGAGUCGCAUGGCAACACCUCGUUGAGUUAUGGGGGUAUACCAUGCUCAUCUCUGGCCAGGCUCGGGAUGAUGCUCCUGGCUGUCACCAGUGGGCACACGGCUGACCUUGUAGCUCAACUGGAGAGCUAUGUUGAGUCGUUUGGACAUACCUCUCCCUGUUACUUUGCCGUGCGGCCCUAUCUAUCGGCCCUCACCACUACCCAAGCCGUGGACCUGGGCAAGCGAAUGCUCAAGUUGUCUGAGAUGAGCAUCAACGGCAGCAGUAGCUCAACGCAGACUGGGAAGCCCUUCCGGCAACGGAUGCUGACCAGAGCUCGCAUAGCCUCGGCCCUGGUACCUGAGGAAGUACCAGUAGAGCAGUUGAUCGAGCUGGGGAAGAGUUGGGAUGAGGAGGAGAGUGAACAACAGGAAGAAGGGGAGGAAUGCUCUAUUGGCAGGAUGCUCAUCAUCUGUGCUAUUGUGGCUCUUGUUGGCCGUCAUGAGCCCAUCCCAGCCUUUGCGGUGUGUCGAGCAGCUCGGCAACGACAUCCUACUUGUGACCACCUGUCGGUAUUAGAGAUAGUAAUCCUUAAAGGGGGCCUUGGUAUUACGGAUAUUGGCGAGGAGAGACAAGAGGCUUUGAAUGACUUGAAAAACGCCCAGCAUCGAACACUGCUUUGGUUGACUGGUAACAAACCAGCAGCAGUAGAGCAUGUCCGAGACUUCGACUCGGACAUGAGUGACACUGUACUGUUAACCCUACAAGAAGGCCUUUGGGGUAGGGUUGAGGAAUACCUCAGAGCUGGGUGUCGGACGAACCUGAGCAGCAUCAUGGGAGGUCCUGGUGGGGUCGAUCAGGAUCUCACUCCCAUCCAUUUUGCUAUACCACCAGCUAUCCUUGGUCCUAAGGUUAAGGGCAGCUCUGCAGUGCUUACAUGUUCACGGACGCCGGAGGAGCCCUUGACGGCGCUAGGGUCCAUUAUUGGUACUCAGGAGCUCAGACCUCGGCCAAUUACCGAGCCCUUGGACGAUAUGUCCCUCAUGCAUCCGAUGAGAAGGCUCGUUUUAGAGAUGCGCCAGAAGGUUGACGUGCCGCCUCAAGAGCGAGCGGAGUGUGAGGAGUUCAAGAGUCUGGCUGGGGAGGAACUACCUUCUGGGCGACCAGUAGCGGCAUUGCCAGCAUUGUUAUACAGGGCUGAGGAGAGUCUUAAGGUGGCCCCUGAGAAUGGUGGUAAGGAGGAGGCCGAGGAUAUCCUCGAGCAAGUGAUGAAGGAUGUCGUUGAGAAGUACUUGAGGACGGGUACGAAUCUUCACAGGGCGGGGGCGGAGGAUGAUGACUGUCGUAGAGCUGUAGAGGAAGUGUCCUAUUUUGGUCAGUAUGUUGGUCCUUCUAUUUUCGGCCUGGUGGUUCGUUCGACCAGAGCCUUGUCCAAGAAAUCACCAAUGCGAAAACUGGUGAGGCAUUUCUCUCAUAGAAUGCAGGAUGCGUUGAUGGCAUGUUCUAAGAGUCUUGAGCUGAGUCGUCCUACGCUGAGGCAGAUAGCAGCUUACGGCUUGGGGAGAUCUGUUGGGGCUGCGGUUUGCGAAGUAGAGGCGUUGAGGACUCGGGCUAUGAGGGAGGCGGCUAAAGGGUGCCGAAAGUGGGCCAAUAGUUUAGCUGAGAAAAAGAUGUAG